AUGGACAUAAUAUCGAUGAGGGUGUUGAGGAGUCUGAAGUUAACUCAGCGGGAAAAUGAAAUCUAUCGCAUUAUCAAGAGUAUUCUAAAGUCCGAAGGCUUCAUUGAACGCGUCUACGGGCCACAACUGCCAACUAGCUCACAUCACAGUGUGAGAGACCUCGAUGACCUAACAGGUGUCGGAUACAACACGCAAUUGAACAUGGAAGUUGAUACUAUGGAAGAUGGUGGGAGACUCUGUUGGAUAACGAGUGAGAAUGACAGGGACCAACUGAGUAUCCCUUCAAUGCCACUGGGGAUACGAGAGGGAGAGUAUAAAAGGUACCACGAAUACGAUAGAGAGGAGGAUUUAAUGGAUAUUAAAAAUUACUACAAAGAGUUUUACAAACUCAUUGUUAAACCAUUGCAAGAUUUUAAACCACAAACCGAACAAGAUUUACUAUACCAAUACGCGAAACCUCUCGAGUUUAUUUCCACCAACACCGAGAGGGAGCACAUUUUCAACACCGUAAAUAAUCACAGUGUAAAUAGUAAGAAUUCAAAUAGUAAAAACUUAGUGAUUGAGUAUAAAAACAAUUACAAGGGAAGAGAGGUAAAAAACUAUGAAUUUACGAGGGAAUUGUUAAAUAAAUUUAAAAUUAAACAGAAAUCCAAUCAAACAAAUGUUACUCCCAGAUUUACAGUGGAAUCUACGGGGGAAUCUGUAAAAUUGGAGGAAGAGAUAAAAUUACCAAAUGAACUGUACAAAAAUUUAUUUGCCAAAUUAUAGGGAAUAAAUUUUUAAUAUAUUUUUAUUCAUAU